AAUCAUACGAUACGUAUACUUUGAUUUUUCAGUUGAGAGAGCUGGCCGGUGAAGUUGGGAAAGGACACAUUCCUUUUUGCCGGCCGCCGGUGAAAAUGGCGUAUCACCAGCCGUACGAUCCGUACUUUGUCUAUCACCCGCAUCCUCUCUCUCAUCAUCUACCUCCGCCGUCGCUUCCUCAGGUAUCCGACGAGGCCGGCGCUAUAAGCACUGUGUUCAUCUCCGGAUUGCCCCACGACGUGAAGGCGCGUGAAAUCCACAACCUCUUCCGCCGCCGUCCCGGAUUCGAUUCUUGCCAGCUCAAGUACACCGGCCGCGGCAACCAGGUUGUUGCGUUUGCAACUUUUACAAAUAAUCGAUUCGCUAUUGCCGCAUUGAAUGAGUUAAACGGUGUGAAAUUUGACCCUCAGACAGGAUCAACUCUGCAUAUUGAACUUGCUAAAUCAAACUCCAGAAGAAAAGACAGACCAGGAAGCGGGCCAUAUGUUGUGAUCGACAACAGGAACAAGAAAUCUGCCAGAUCUCAGGAAACUCCGAGUGAUCAUGGGGAUAGUGAUAACGAUGAGGGUGGCAAUGAUUAUUCUAUCAAUGAAACAGAUAUUGCUAAAAGUGAGGCGGGCUCUGAUACUGAUAGCAAAGCACAAUUUGUUCAUGAGCAGCAGCAGUAUGUGAAUUCAGCUGGAGGUGCUCAACCAUGUUCUACCUUGUUCAUUGCAAAUCUAGGGCCUAAUUGUACCGAAGAUGAACUCAAACAAGUUCUAUCUAGAUAUCCUGGAUUCAAUGCCAUGAAAAUGCGUUCGAGAGGUGGAAUACCGGUUGCAUUUGCUGAUUUCGAGGAAACCGAACAAGCUGUUUACGUCAUGAAUGUUCUUCAGGGCAGCCUUUUGACAUCUUCAGACCGAGGUGGCUUGCAUAUUGAAUAUGCAAGAUCCAAGAUGAGAAAACACUAGAACGAGGGAAACAGAAGGGUCACAUUGCAUCGCUGAAAAUGGAAGAUCCAGUAUUUUUUGGUCAGACCAUAGGCUCCUCUUAAGAUGUCGUGUAAUCGUAAGUCCACGCCAUUUCAUUUCAUUUGGAACCAGUGGUGGUACAGAUACGAUCCCACGUGACCCAUAUGUAUGAUGAUAUGCAAAUACGUCUCUCCCUCUCUUCCUCCGCGGGCGCAGAGGCUUCACAACCAUUCUGUUACAGCAUCUGCCAUGUUAUGAGAGUAAGACAAAGCCUUGUAAUGCUUUACCAUCCGAUGAUUCAAAGUAUUUUCAUAACCAAUCUCUCGUGGAACAUUCUGACCAUUGUGAAAUUUUAGAUGGCAAUGAACCUAUUAAUUACUGUUUA